UCGCGUGCGCGAACAUGGCGGUUCCUGCGACGACGAACGACUCGAGGAAAAGUGCUGAAAGUUAUGAAAUAUUAGUAAGACAUGACGAGAACUAGCAUUAAAACACUGCGGGGGAACCGAGCGGGUGUCCGGUGAGCAGAAGAGCCCGACAGCGGAGACACACAGCUGGCUAGAGGAGCGUUUAUAUCCGCCUCAGAGAGAGAAGUGCACGCGGAAGUGACGAGACUUUACCAACUAACCAGAACUCAACACCGCAGUCAAAGGCAAGAGUUAAAUCUGCACAGAACAGCCUGGAGGGAUUCCGUGAGAUCCACACACUUUAUUAAUGACUUUAAUGAGCAUCAGGAGACACACAAUCUCAUCUGUUUGCUGAAUGACACCACGAUCACAACUAACGUGAACUACCCCUCCAGUGGUUAAUAAUUAUAAUAAUAACUGUAAUAAUGAUGGUUAUUGCCAGUUCCGUGCACAUCGGAGCGUCUGAGAUCAUCGCCGACCCCUCUGAUGUGCUAAUAUGUUCUAGUUUGAGAGUUUGAUGUUGACGUGACGUCAGAAUGAUUGACAGCUCCUCAGCAGCAGCGCACUCAGUGAUGUUCACGCUGACUCCCAGUGAAUGAGGAUGACUCUGUUAUACAUCCCACAGUGCCUUAAAAACACGCCUGAGAUCUGAUCUGCAGUCAGACUGGCACAUGCAUGACUGGCACAGAGGAGUGUGUGUUUUCAGGCUCCUCCAGCUGAUCUCCUGCGCUGUGUGUUCUUAUGGGGCAGCAGCCAGGAAAGUUGGUGGGUGAGCAGAGGAGACCGAGCCUGCCGGCGCUGCCCUUCAUCAAGGCCGCGGGGAGGAGAGAGACGCCCCGGCACGGAGCACCGCACUGCAAUGUGUUCACGGUCCACGAGUCUCGGCCGGAUUUCGAUCCUCCUGGUCUUUCAGAAGCAGCGCGCUGGAACUCCAAAGAGAACCUGCUGUCGGGACCCAGCGAAAAUGACCCCAAUCUGUUCGUGGCGCUGUACGACUUUGUGGCGAGCGGCGACAACACUCUCAGCAUCACUAAAGGAGAGAAGCUGAGGGUUCUGGGAUACAAUCACAAUGGCGAGUGGUGCGAGGCGCAGACCAAGAACGGGCAGGGCUGGGUGCCCAGCAACUACAUCACGCCCGUCAACAGCCUAGAGAAGCACAGCUGGUACCACGGGCCGGUGUCACGAAACGCUGCAGAAUACCUGCUGAGCAGCGGCAUCAACGGCAGCUUCCUGGUGCGGGAGAGCGAGAGCAGCCCGGGGCAGCGCUCCAUAUCACUGCGCUAUGAGGGACGAGUCUACCACUACCGCAUUAAUACAGCCUCAGACGGCAAGCUGUACGUGUCGUCUGAGAGCCGCUUUAACACACUAGCAGAGCUGGUUCAUCAUCACUCCACGGUCUCUGACGGUCUGAUCACCACGCUGCAUUACCCCGCGCCCAAACGCAACAAACCCACCGUCUACGGCGUCUCGCCAAACUACGACAAGUGGGAGAUGGAGCGCACAGACAUCACCAUGAAGCACAAGCUGGGCGGAGGGCAGUACGGGGAGGUGUACGAGGGCGUGUGGAAGAAAUACAGCCUCACCGUGGCGGUGAAAACACUGAAGGAAGACACCAUGGAGGUGGAGGAGUUUCUGAAAGAAGCAGCAGUGAUGAAAGAAAUCAAACACCCAAACCUGGUGCAGCUCUUAGGCGUCUGCACUCGGGAACCUCCGUUCUACAUCAUCACUGAGUUCAUGACGCAUGGAAACCUGCUGGAUUACCUGCGUGAGUGUAACCGGCAGGAGGUGAACGCUGUGGUGCUGCUCUACAUGGCCACACAGAUCUCCUCCGCCAUGGAGUACCUGGAGAAGAAGAACUUCAUCCACAGGGAUCUGGCUGCCCGUAACUGCUUAGUCGGGGAAAACCACCUGGUAAAAGUGGCAGAUUUUGGUCUGAGCCGGCUGAUGACGGGAGACACAUAUACGGCCCACGCUGGAGCAAAGUUCCCCAUUAAAUGGACCGCACCGGAGAGUCUAGCCUAUAACAAGUUCUCCAUCAAGUCGGAUGUGUGGGCAUUUGGAGUCCUGCUUUGGGAGAUUGCCACCUAUGGGAUGUCUCCGUAUCCAGGAAUCGACCUGUCUCAGGUGUAUGAGCUGCUGGAGAAAGACUACCGCAUGGACAGACCCGAGGGAUGCCCAGAGAAAGUCUAUGAGCUCAUGAGGGCCUGUUGGAGGUGGAACCCUGCCGAGCGCCCUUCUUUUGCUGAGACCCAUCAGGCGUUCGAGACCAUGUUUCAGGAGUCCAGUAUCUCUGAUGAGGUGGAGAAAGAGUUGGGGAAAAAAGGAAAGAAGCUGACCCUGGGACCAAUACAGCAGGCGCCAGAACUUCCAACUAAAACAAGGACACUACGAAGACCUACAGACAGCAGGGAUGGGGACAGUCCCGAUGCAGCCGAGGCCGAGGUCACUGGACCGCCUAUGAUUCAGAGGCCACUCCUAGAUAGCAACCUAAAUGAAGAUGAUCGGCUCCAGUCUAAAGAUAAUAAAGAUAAAUUUCGGAUGAAUCCCUUCAGUUAUAUUAAGAAAAAGAAGAGGACGGCUCCGGCGCCCCCAAAGCGCAGCAGCUCCUUUGGGAAGAUGGACGGACACAUAGAUCGUAGAGGAUUGGGUACUGACUGCAGGGAGGAUUUCAGCAACGGGUCUUCCACCAAUGAUGCCUUAAACAGCCUUGACCCUUGCAAAUUAGUUGGGUCAAACAGUACCACGACCAUCGGGGUCACCAACGGAGCUCCAGUGUAUCCUGGUCAGCUCUUCCCGUCUCAUCCACGGAAAAAGGGCACCACGUCGGGUGGUGGAAGUAAGCUUGCCACGACUCCACCUCCAGAGGAGGACUCCAUGUCAAACUCCAAGCGCUUCCUACGGUCCUCUUCUGCCUCCAGCAUGCCUCCAGGCUCCGACCGCUUCGAAUGGAAGUCCGUAACCCUGCCGCGGGACAUUCAGUCAACUCACUUUGAUUCUAACACAUUCAGAGGCAAGCCAGCUUUGCCUCGUAAAAGCUGCAUGCCACGAGGUGGCACCCUUACCCCACCACCACGCCUUCCGAAGAAAAGUGAAGAUGUUUCGGACGAAGUCUUCAAGGACUCUGAGUCUAGUCCUGGAUCAAGUCCUUUAACUCUGACUCCCAAGCUAGGCCGCCGACCCCAAACAGAAAGCUCCAAAACUAGUGCCUUACAAACAGAGGUGUUCAAACCCAACGUGCUUCCACCUCUCGGAGACGAAGGCAGACCUCGAAGACUCAAACUGUCUUCUGAAAUCCCAGGACAGAGAGAGCGGGAGAAGGGGAAGUUUGUGAAACCUAAACCCGCUCCCCCUCCACCUCCGGUCUCCACCGCCAAAUCUGGAAAGACCUCAAGGAGUCCGACUUUCGAUGUUUCUUCGGAUACCAAAGUCAAGAGUUCAUCAGACUGUGCAGAUCAAGGCAAGGCUAGUCUAUCCCAAGAAAGUGCCAAAAAGUUGCCUAAAAAUGGCUCAAAGGUGAACCCCUCGAAGGCAUGUGCGAGUGCUCCGCUGCCUGGAAUGGGAGCCAGUUCUGCGGUCGGGGAUCCGGGAUCUAGCUUCAUCCCACUGAUAACGACGCGGCGUUCGCUGAGGAAAGCUCCAGCGCGGCAGACGUCAGAGCGACUCUCCAGCUCCACCAUCACUCGAGACAUGCUGUUGGAGAGCUCAGAGCUCCUGCGCACCGCCAUCACACGCGUCUCCGAGCAGACCGGCAGCCACAGCGCGGUGCUGGAGGCUGGGAAAAACCUGUCCAAGUACUGCGUCAGCUACGUGGAGUCCAUCCAGCAGAUGCGGAACAAGUUCGCUUUCCGCGAAGCCAUCAAUAAGCUGGAGAGCAGCCUGCGGGAGCUGCAGAUCUGCCCCGCGGCCACCGGCGCUGCUAACACACCGCAGGACUUCUCAAAGCUGCUGUGCUCCGUCAAGGAGAUCAGCGACAUCGUGCAGAGGUAGCAGAGAACAGCACCACUGGAAACACAGUACCUGGAUGUCUGGGGCCAUGUUUUACAUUUCAGUUCAACACACCUCAGCUUUCCUCAUGCUAAAUAGAGGAACGUUUAUUCUCAAUACUCUGUGCACAAAACAGGAGCCUUUGAUACAGAGCUAUGGCGAGGAAUCGUUCAAGAAAACAAUUCUGCGACUUUCAAAAUGUAUCGCUACUCUCUCUUUUCUAAGAUUGGUAAUUAACAGCAGAUGGCGCUCUAGGCUAGUUUGUAACAGCAGAUUUCACUUAAGGCGAGUCUUUAGCAGCAAACGCUAAACCCACAACGGAUCUUCCUCAUAAGCAUUUUAUCGUAAGGGUUAAAAACUAGCUUAAAGCACCAUCUGAUGUUAAAUACUAGCCUAGAAGUCAAUCUGCUGUUAAAAAAUAGCCUAGAGCGCCAUCUCCCAUUAAACACUAGCCUAGAGCAUGUCUGCUGUUAAAAACUAGCCUAGAGCACCAUCUCCAUUAAACA